AUGUCUAAUGCUGCUUUGCAAGUUUAUGGUGGUGAUGAAAUAUCCGCAGUAGUCAUAGAUCCUGGCUCUUACACAACGAACAUUGGCUAUUCAGGCUCAGACUUCCCCCAGUCUAUUCUACCCUCCGUUUACGGUAAAUCCGCCUCAAAUAAAGAUAGUAAGACCAUUUUCUCCGAGCAAUCUAUUGGGAUUCCAAGAAAAGACUACGAGCUAAAACCUAUUAUUGAGAACGGUCUUGUCAUUGAUUGGGACACUGCACAAGAACAAUGGCAGUGGGCCCUGAAAAAUGAACUUUAUUUAGAUUCUAACUCUGGAAUACCGGCUUUGCUAACUGAACCUGUUUGGAAUAGUACAGAAAAUAGGAAAAAAUCUUUGGAAGUCCUUCUAGAAGGGAUGCAAUUUGAAGCCUGUUAUUUGGCUCCUACGUCAACAUGUGUUUCAUUUGCAGCAGGCAGACCUAAUUGUUUGGUGGUUGAUAUCGGUCAUGAUACAUGUAGUGUUAGUCCGAUAGUAGACGGUAUGACGUUGUCAAAGAGUACAAGAAGAAACUUCAUUGCUGGGAAAUUUAUCAAUCAUUUGAUUAAAAAAGCCAUAGAGCCGAAAGAAAUCAUACCUCUCUUUGCAAUCAAACAAAGAAAACCAGAAUUGAUAAAGAAGAAAUUUGACUACGAAGUCGACCAGUCGCUAUUUGAGUACGCAAAUAAUAGAGGGUUUUUCCAAGAGUGUAAAGAGACCCUUUGUCACAUCUGCCCAACUAAAACUUUGGAAGAGGCAAAAGCGGAAUUGAAUACAACAACUAAGAGGUCUAUCGAAACACCUUGGAAUGAAGAGAUUAUCUUUGAUAACGAAACUCGUUAUGGCUUUGCUGAAGAGCUUUUCCUUCCAAAAAAAGACGAUAUUCCGGAAGAUUGGCCACACUCCAACUCUGGUGUAGUAGAGACUUGGCGUAAUGACUAUGUGCCAUUAAAAAGAACCAAGCCAAGUGGAACUAAUAAGACUGACAAGAAACCUGUGCCAACAGAAGAAAAGGAACAAGAUCUUGUAAGUAAAUCUAUUUCUCCACCUGCCGACAGUAUAGAUACUCCAAAUGACAGUGGUAAAAGACCAUUGGAAGAAGAGACUUCUUCUAAUGAUACCAAAGAAAUAACAGGCCUAGCUGAUCUCGUAUAUUCAUCUAUAAUGAGCAGUGAUGUGGAUUUGAGAGCCACAUUAGCUCAUAAUGUCGUACUUACGGGUGGUACAUCCUCAAUUCCCGGCUUAAGUGACAGGUUGAUGACCGAACUGAAUAAAAUACUUCCAUCCUUAAAGUUCAGAAUACUAACAACGGGGCAUACCAGAGAAAGGCAAUACCAAUCAUGGCUAGGUGGUAGUAUACUCACAAGCCUAGGAACAUUCCAUCAGCUAUGGGUUGGAAAACAAGAAUAUGAAGAGGUGGGUGUCGACAGAUUACUCAACGACAGGUUUAGAUAG